GUCGCGAGGUGCUUUCCAGCCGCGAGCUGUCAGGCGGGUGUCAGACCCGGCAGGUACGCGGCGCGCUCCCCCGGCGUCCCCCGCCCCGGACGGGUCGUCCAGCACCUCACCGAGGCCGCGUGGGCCUGAAAGCCUCCGGGAAAGGCUCCCCAGAGGUCCAGCCUAGUCCAUAGGCACCAUGUCGGACAGCGACCUGGGCGAGGAUGAAGGCCUCCUGUCAUUGGCCGGCAAGAGGAAGCGCAGGGGGAACCUGCCCAAGGAGUCGGUAAAGAUCCUCCGAGACUGGCUGUACCUGCACCGCUACAACGCCUACCCCUCGGAGCAGGAGAAGCUGAGCCUCUCGGGACAGACCAACCUCUCGGUGCUGCAGAUAUGUAACUGGUUCAUCAACGCCCGGCGUCGCCUUCUCCCCGACAUGCUUCGGAAGGAUGGCAAAGACCCUAAUCAGUUCACCAUCUCCCGUCGUGGGGGUAAGGCCUCAGAUGUGCCUCUCCCCAGGGGCAGCAGCCCCUCCCUGCUGGCUGUGUCUGUUCCGGCCCCCACCAACAUGCUUUCCUUGUCCGUGUGCUCCAUGCCGCUCCACUCAGGCCAAGGUGAGAAGCCAGCAGCCCCCUUCCCGCAGGUGGAGCUGGAAUCCCCCAAGGGCCUGGUGACCCCUGGCAGCACACUCACCCUGCUGACUAGAGCUGAGGCAGGAAGCCCCACGGGUGGACUGUUUAAUACGCCGCCACCCACACCGCCAGAGCAGGACAAGGAAGACUUCAGCAGCUUCCAGUUGCUGGUGGAGGUGGCGCUGCAGAGGGCAGCUGAGAUGGAGCUUCAGAAGCAGCAGGAUCCAGCGCCCCCAUUGCUACACACUCCCCUCCCUCUGGUCUCAGAAAAUGCCAAGUAGGCACCUGCAACCAGGCGGCUUGAGGUUCGAGCCAGCUGUCCCAGGUUCCUGGUUCACUUCCCUUUCACACAGAGGGUUAUCUGCGGAUCACUGCCAAGCGUCAGGAUCAUCUCUGUCCACCCAGAGGUCCUCAGCAGAAGGACAGCAGCCGGCGACGCUGCGCUGCACUGUUACAGGGCUUGUGCUCUGUUGACUGCCAUUCCUUCAAGCCUCCUCUCUGAGGAGACAAAGGCACCAGAGCCAGGCGUGGUCUGCUGCCGCUUCUCCAGAGAGCCCUGGGACACCUGCACUCCAGCCUGCUCUCCUAGGCAGGCUCAGGAAACCUGCCGACUUCAGACUUGAGCUGGGUCUAAGCUGCCCCUAAGCCAGGUGUGCACAUUCCAACUUACUCAAAGGACAAAGGAAAAUGCCUGGCAGAUGGCACAGAACCGACUCCAACUGAAUGUUUAGAUUAAUGCUAAAUUGUUUGUUUUCCUUUUGCUGUGGUUUAUGUUACGGCGGUAGGUAGCCUGGGAGAGAGCACCUUAGUGGUGGAGCUUGACCAAUGGGGUAACCUGCCCCACUGUGCUGGGAUGAUUGUAUGGGGGACCAACAGUCUCUGCAGUAAUGCUCAAGUAUGGCUGUGGUGCCUGAGUCUUGGUUUACCCUAUUCCAAAAGAAAGAAGAUACCCACAGGUAUUGGAUUAUUGGCACCAAACAUCGAAGGGGAUUAUAAAGCCACAGCGAUGUCUCACCAAACCAGACAGCAUUUAGACGCAGCGGAGAUGGAUGAUAAAACCAGAGACAGUUUUUGUCUGUUUUGGUUUUGGGGUGGGGUUUUUUUUUUUCUUUAUUUUAGGGUGGUUAAGCUAGACUGAAGCUGUUUUUUGUUUUUCUGUUUUAGGCACGCACAUGCACGCACGCACCCCUUGUAGCUUGUUUCAGACUUAUUUGGGAGCUUGGCCGUAACAUCAAGCGCCAGCGUCUCCCCCUUGGGGAAAAGCAAGCCAUGUGCUGGUCAGGA